CGCAAGUGACGCAGUCGGAGCAAAACUAGAACUGAAACUGCGCAAAAAUUGAAACUGAAUUUUAAAUAUGCAAAUAUGGGCCACGAUUUUCGGGAUGAAGGGAAUCGUCACAUUACACAUCAUAGUGAUUGAGUUAUGCAGUUGCCAGCUAUUUUUUUAUCCAAGCAAUUUAGCACCACCGAAAAUUAUCUUUGAAGCCGUUAAAAAAAGGAGAAACUUCAUAAUUAGAUGCUGUGGAGAAGACUCUUGCAGUAAUCCAAGUGGUUCAGGGAUUCAAGGCAAUGGAACUGAGAAUAACGGAGGCAGUGGAAAUUCAGCAACCACUGUGGCUGGAGACACAGGAGGAGACUCGACCGCUGCGGCAGGGGACACAACUGCCGCUGCUGAAGGAGACACAACCGCCGCUGCUGAAGGAGACACAACAGUUGCUGAAGGAGACACAACCGCCGCUGCAGAAGGAGACACAACAGUUGCUGGAGGAGACACGACGGAAGCUGGAGGAGACACCACAGCACCAUCUGCUGAAGGAGAUACGACAGCAGCUGCUGAGGGAGACACCACCGCGGCAGCGGAUGGUGAAACCACUGUUUCUUCUGACACACCUGCAGCGCUCAAGGUUUUGAACCUGAAGAUUGACCCUGAAGAACUACAAAAGGAGCCUCGAAAUUUGGAGAAAGAGAGCACAGUGGCUAAGAAAACGAGUAAGAAAAAAUCGGCAAAGGCGAAAGAUUCAAAGAAGCGCUACGCGAGCAAAGGAAAAAUUGCAGACAGGAAAAGCGGCAAAGUCGCGAAGGCGAAGACACAAAAGCAGAAAAUGAAAGCGGCCGGCAAAAAAAUUCGUAUUCACCUGGGAGCCAAAUACAUGGACCAGGAAUCGAAGAAAAAUUCAAUUCCUAAAAAGAUUUCGAAAAAUAAAAAUUAAAAUACUGCUAAAUGUGUUAAA